CCGGCCACCGGAUUCCAACGGCUCUCGAGCGCCGGGCUGAGUAGCGCCCUUCGGCAGGUCAGGGGACAAGCGCCCCGCGUAGCGACGUGGGGAAAGCUGGGGCCCAGAGCGAGCAAACAGCGCCAACAAAAAAAAAGCUUGAAAAGGACCUGGGCCGCUGCCCCUCCUGGUCCUCCACUUUCGUGACCCUCUUCUUCUUGCAUCUACAUCUUCCCGUCUUUCCCCCAAGAGUCCUGAAAGUUACCUCGUCGCAACUUUCUGUCUCUUGCUUUUCUCAUGUCUGUCCGCACUGCCCUUGCCUUCAGAUCAUUCACCCGCUCCUUCACAAUGGCUGGUGCCCGCUCCGCCUCCACAAAGGCCUUCUUCGCCAACGAGCCUGCUCAGCCCGCAGUCAAGUCUCAGUUCCCCGGACCCGAGACUGUCAAGGCUACCCAGGAGCUCGCUAAGGUAUGGGAUACCCGCGCCGUCAACAUCAUGGGUGAUUACCCCAAGAGUGUUGGCAACUACAUUGUCGAUGUCGACGGCAACACCCUGCUCGAUGUCUACGCUCAGAUUGCCUCCAUCCCCGUCGGCUACAACAACGAGACCCUCGCCAAGGCUGCCGCCACUCCCCAGAUGGUCAACGCCCUUAUCAACCGUCCUGCCACUGGUAACUUCCCCUCCAACGAUUGGGCCGAGAUCCUCGCCACUGGUGUCCUCAAGGUCGCCCCCAAGGGCCUCAACAACGUCUUCACUGCCCUCUCUGGCUCCGAUGCCAACGAGCUUGCCUACAAGGCCGCCUUCAUGUACCGCCGCAUGCAGGACCGUGGUGGCCCUGAUGUGGACUUCACCCAGGAGGAGAUGGACUCUGCCAUGAAGAACCAGACCCCUGGUGCCCCCCAGCUCGCCAUUCUCUCCUUCAAGAGCGCUUUCCACGGCCGUCUCUUUGGCUCCCUCUCCACCACCCGCUCCAAGCCCAUCCACAAGCUCGACUUCCCCGCCUUCGACUGGCCCCAGGCUUCCUUCCCCCAGCUCAAGUACCCUCUUGACCAGCACGCUGCUGAGAACGCUGCUGCCGAGCAGGCCUCCAUCGACGAGGUUGAGCAGCUGAUCAAGUCGUGGCACUCUCCUGUCUGCGCCGUCAUGGUCGAGCCUAUCCAGUCCGAGGGCGGUGACAACCACGCCAGCGCCGACUUCUUCCGCAAGCUCCGCGCCGUCACUAAGAAGCACAACGUCCUCCUCAUUGUCGACGAGGUUCAGACCGGUAUUGGUGCCACCGGCAAGUUCUGGGCUCACGAGCACUGGGACCUCCAGGACCCUCCUGACAUGGUCACCUUCUCCAAGAAGGCCCAGACUGCCGGUUACUACUACACCGACGCUCUCCGCCCCAACAAGCCCUACCGUCAGUUCAACACCUGGCUCGGUGACCCCGCCCGCUGCCUCGUCUUCCGCGCAAUCAUUGAGGAGAUUGAGCGUCUCGACCUCGUCAACCACACCGCCCGCGUCGGUGACUACCUCUAUGCCAAGCUUGAGGCCCUCGCCGCAAAGUACCCCGAACACUUCCAGAACCUCCGUGGCAAGGGCCAGGGCACCUUCAUUGCCUUUGACAGCCCCAAACGCGACCAGUUCCUCGUCAAGGCCAAGACCAACGGUAUCAACAUUGGCGGCAGCGGCGCCAGCGCCGUCCGUCUCCGUCCCAUGUUGACUCUCCAGGAGCACCACUGCGACAUCCUCGUCGAGGCUCUCGAGAAGACUGCCAAGGACCUGUAAACGGGCCGGGUGAAGCGGAACAUGCUAUAUCAAAAUCCAUUCUACAGUAACGCGUUAAAAUAAAAAUUGGUCGCAACACUAGGCCGUAAUUUAUGAUGUUAAACCACUAAAUAUAAUCUAAAACAAUCAUGCUUCUCCAUCGCACCUCAUUCUACAUCAUCCCCAUAGCAUCUAGACCGCUAAGGUCUCUGGAGAGCGGCCGUCUCACCUGCGACUACCCUGCAAUGUGAUUCGCCAAUGGGACGCCGCAUGUCUGAACUAUCGUCACUAGAAAUAAGUCUGAGCCUGCAGGUCUGUAAUAUAAAUAUUCUCUAGACGAGUUUCACAUUAUGUAUGUCUGAC